AUGUGUCUCGUAUACCGUUUUCCAAAAACGUACAAGCUUGACCACUAUCUCUGCACUCUGCUCAGAAAUGGCCGGCAUACGUGCAUUAAUCCGAAGUCAUGGUCCGCGUAUAACCUGGCGUUCUAUGGAUUUAUGGAGAAUACGGAAGGAAAGAUGUCACCGGCAAUGCCCGAAAUAUUUCGGAAAAUAUGGUCACGCGAAAGAGUCGCUCUGUCGGUACUCGGAGAUCUCGCGAAGGGACCGACGGAUUAUCAUGGGUACUCACGCGGCACGCCGAAGAUCGCUCUUCUGACUUGCAACUUCGAAAGGGUGUUGCUUGACCCUGCGCUCUACUCAGAAUUGGUCAUGUAUAGAGGCUCCAAGAACACUCAACAAUUCACCACAUCUCGCUGGCUCGAUUUGAUUAUCACCAACUCGGCACGCCUCGGGGACCUCACUGACAGGGCUGCAUAUCUUCUCAACAUAAAACUUCUUCCGAGCACAGCUCCAGGGCUAACGAGCACAACAACUUCGCGCACACUGCACGAUCAGACUUUUGUCGUGCUGUGUUUACGCCAGUGGCAUCACCUCGUGAAACUAGAAAUUGCGAAGAUGUAUGCCAACCCAUUGCAGACUGCAAGCAAUGGCCAGGGACAUCGGGUUAUCUUUUACACCCCGGGUGCUGGUUGUGCUGUUCCCCACCUUAAACCUCUCUCAUUUUUUAUCUCAAUACAAGCAACAUUACCGUUUCCCAAAAAAUCUAAACAAGGACAUCUUGAAUGCGUCGCUGUCUUUGCGUUCUGA